AUGUCCCCCAUACCCCGUGGAUCGACUAUCCUCUCUUACCUCCCCAGUUCUUGGAUACCGUACGCCCAGCUAAUCCGACUUGAUAAACCCAUUGGAUUCGCUAUCGUUUAUCUCCCGUACCUCAUUGGCAUCAUUUAUGCGGCCAGUAUCGCACCUGAUGUCCUCCCCGUCUCUGAGCUCCUAGAUCGCGCCCGGAUCUUCCUGACGGGGAGCAUCCUUCUGCGCUCGGCAGGAUGCACCUGGGACGAUAUUGUCGAUCAAGACUUGGAUCGCAAGGUUGAGCGUAGCCGUGGACGGCCGAUUCCGAGAGGCGCCAUCUCUACUACCAAUGCGUUUUUGUUCACACUCGCCCUCUCCGCCAUGGGCGUAUACAACCUCCGGUUACUACCUAUUGAGUGCUCCUUCGACGCAGCAGUCAUCGUUGCCCUAUCGUUGAUCUACCCUUACCUCAAACGAUUCACCAAUUACCCCCAGGUCGUGCUUGGUCUGACCAUCGCAUUCGCCAUCAUUAUGGCAACACAUUCGCUGGGGGUGGAUCCGUGGGCCUAUCCCACUCACAUCUCAACAUGGAGUCUGUAUCUCUCGAUUGUGUUGCUGAUGAUGUUAUACGAUAUUAUCUACGCGCGGCAGGAUACCACGGAUGACGUCAGGGCCGGCGUAAAGGGCAUGGCUGUGCGCUUUCGACAUUCCAUCAGGUUGUUGGCUUCUUUGAUGGCCCUAGCCAUCACGAUCUUUCUGGGUAUAGUGGGCAUCGGUUCCUCAAUGGGCCUCGUGUACUACAUCCCCGCGGUUGGUGGUACAGGUUGCAGCUUGUGUGCCAUGGUCUUGCUCAUGGACCUAAGCAACCCAAAUAGUUAUCAUAGAUAUGUUGGGGGCGCGUAUAUGGUGACUAGUAUCUGCAUUCUUGGAGGCAUGGCUGGGGAAUAUGCCUGGAAGUGA